UCAAACUUUUCCCUUCUCAUAUUUGAUGCGCUGUCUUUUUAAGAACUCUCCACCCCUAUCGACUGAUGUGUGACGUACUGAUUUUACUAUUGUACUCUGGUAUUUUGUUUCCUUACAUCGCGGCGUCCAGUAGGUUUCAGGGACUUUAAUAGUUUAGUGCUGAAAAAUUCGGCUUAAUUCGGAAAGUACUACAAAUGGAAAUGUAUUAUUUGCCGAUUUAAGAUAGGGCGCGUUGGGAAUCACACGACAGCGUUUGGGAAAGUUGGGAGUCCCACACAUGGUUUCGAUUAUUGUGUUCCAUCGCUGAUUACACUUUCAAAGUCAUACACUUUUAAAAAAAAAGUGAACUCAUCCAGUCGCUUUGGAGCAUAUCGGCUUUCUUAACUGCUUAGAAAACUGCCCGAAAUUGGGCAAUCAAAGUCUUUCGUGGAAUGAAACUCAGGGCAACGGAGCAAAGUUGAAAGGAGGAUCAUUUGACUGCUGCAGUAUAGUGAAGUUUGGAGAGGAAACAUUAACUCAGUAACUUCACUGACUUGCUUGCCACCAUGGCGUCUAAAGUAUUUCUGCGGUUUUGUGAAUAAGCGCAUUGUGCAAUGGGGACUCAGAGGAACGGGUUCGUCAAAAGUGAGACUUUUAUUCUCUCUGUUGAUGUCGGGACCACCUCCAUCAGGUGCCACGUGUACGACAAGAGUGCCAACAUCCGAGGAUCAUGCACCACUAAGGUGUCCCUUCUGUAUCCUCAGUCUGGGUGGGUGGAGAUGGAUCCCGAAGAUCUGUGGAAGGGGUUUGUUAUGGUAGUGAAAGGAGCUGUUCAAGACUCAGGUUUACAAAUGUGCCAAAUGGAAGGUCUUGGCAUCUCAACCCAGAGAGCAACAUUCAUGAACUGGGACAGGAACACAGGGAAGCCAUUUCAUAACUUCAUCACCUGGCAGGACUUGAGGGCAGCAGAGUUGGUGAGAUCGUGGAACAGGUCCUGCACUAUGAAGACAGUACAUGGUGUGCUGAAGAUGCUGCAUUUUAUUACCAGACAGAAGCGAUUCCUUGCCGCCAGCCUGGUAGUUUUUACCACCCAACAUGUAUCAUUGCGCCUUGUUUGGGCCUUGAACAAUAUCCCUCAGUUAAGGCAAGCAGUUGAAGAUGGCACAUGUUAUUUUGGGACCAUAGACACCUGGUUGUUAUACAAACUCACUAAAGGCGCAGUUCAUGCUACAGACUAUUCGAAUGCCAGUGCAACAGCAAUAUUUGAUUCUUUUCAGAUGUGCUGGAGUGGAUUUCUUUGCUCACUCCUCUCUAUACCUCUCUCCAUCCUCCCUAGGGUGCAGAACACAAGUCACAAUUUUGGCUCUUCUGAUCCAUCCAUAUUUGGGGUGCCCAUCCCAAUCAUGUCUGUUAUGGCGGACCAACAGGCAGCCAUGUUUGGAGAAUGUUGUUUUGACACGGGUGACGUGAAAAUCACUAUGGGCACAGGGACCUUCAUGGACAUCAAUACUGGGAAUAAACCACACACGUCUGUGGCUGGUCUUUAUCCUCUGGUGGGCUGGAAGAUUGGUGAUGAAGUUGUUUAUCUGGCUGAGGGUAAUGCUGCUGGAACAGGUGCUGCCAUUAAAUGGGCACAGGAUCUAGAGCUCUUUUCUGAUGUGAAGGAGACGGAGGUCAUAGCCACUUGUGUGGAAGACUCCGACGGAGUGUAUUUUGUGCCCUCGUUCAGUGGCCUUCAAGCCCCUCUGAAUGAUCCAAAAGCGUGUGCUUCUUUUAUGGGCUUAAAACCUUCUACAACCAAGAGCCACCUAGUUCGAGCCAUUCUAGAGUCUAUAGCAUUCAGGAACAAGCAGCUCUUCGAUGUCAUGCUUCGAGAAACGCAUAUUCCCAUCACUAAAAUCAGGGCAGAUGGAGGUGUAUGCACCAAUGACUUCAUCAUGCAACUGACAGCAGAUCUGUUGGGUCGUAAGAUAGCACGUCCAGCUCACUAUGACAUGUCCUGCCUUGGGGCUGCUUUUGUUGCAGGGCUAGGAACAGGCUUCUGGAGGAACCAAGAGGAGCUCAAGAAGCUUCAGAGCACUGACCAACUUUUCCUACCUCAAAGGAGUAAAGCAGAAGGGGACAAGGGAGGACAAUACAGAGGUGUACUGCAGAGCUGGGAGAGGGCUCUUCAGCGGUCCAUGCACUGGUACAAUCAGCCCUGAUUAACUAGAAUACAAGCCAUUGCUCUGUAGAAGACUAACUCCCUGUGCACUGUUGUGGGGCAAUUCUUAAGAGUAGCAUGUUUCUAACUGAGAAAAACACUUGAAUAGCAUGAAUUUCUAAACUGGAGCACAUCAACGGCUAGUCAUUGUUUAUGAAUUUUGCCUGAUCACAAACUUUGCAAAUUUAAGUCUGAAAGUUGUGAAUCUAGUGGUGUUAUUAUGACUAGUUGGCAGGCUGCAUUACAGUUCUUUUUAGAACAAAAGGUAGAUGUAGUAUUUUGAUUUUGCCAAUCGUUGAUCGUCAGUUAGGCACUUAAAUUCAAUCACUGCCUUUAUCUAACUACUGUAUUUUUUUGAAAUGGUAUUGUUGAACGGGUGAUUGUUUUUAUUUAACUUGCUGUGUGCCUUAUUGUGGAGCUUGUACACAAGAUCCUUGUUAUGCCCUCAUUGAGGUAACUCGGUUACUCAUCUCCCAUUUGACAUCUUCUCACCCAAAAGGAAUAUUGUAAUGGUAUGUGAUCAGUGUUGUUUACAUAAAUGUGAGUAAUUGAAACUUAAUACUUUGUCUGACAUUUUUUUUAAUUCAUGCUGUUCAUAGUUAACACUUAUUGUCCACCCAUUAGUAGUGUAUGGCAAUUUAUAAAAGCAUUUUAUUAAUGCGUUUUGUCAUUUUCUUGUAAUUUUAGUUGAUAUUUUCUAAUUGGAAAUGUAGUCUUGACAUUUUGUAGGUUAAAUGUGUUAAUAUUAAAUGUACCUCUUAAUACAAAACUACUGUAGAAUGCUGCAAACAUGGACAACUUGUUACCUGAAGGACUAGAUUUUGUAAUGGUUUUAAAUUAUGCAUUCAACUGUAGUGAAUAAAUUACUGUGAAACUAUUAACAUGCUAGAAUGUCAUCAUGAUCUUACAGAAAGAACAGGCAUGCAGUAUAAUAUACUGUUAAAGAACUGUAAACAUCAUGCCACAUUUGAUGUCAACAUGUUAAAUUAGUUGUUUAAAUACAUUUUAAAUUUGCCAUUUCAGUGCCAGCUUGUGUGUUUUGUCAUGCAAAUAAAUAAUUGUACAUUUGUA